GGGGCGGAGACUGCGACCCGGAGCCGCCCGGACUGACGGAGCCCACUGCGGUGCGGGCGUUGGCGCGGGCGCGGAGGACCCGGGCAGGCAUCGCAAGCGACCCCGAGCGGAGCCCCGGAGCCAUGGCCCUGAGCGAGCUGGCGCUGGUCCGCUGGCUGCAGGAGAGCCGCCGCUCGCGGAAGCUCAUCCUGUUCAUCGUGUUCCUGGCGCUGCUGCUGGACAACAUGCUGCUCACUGUCGUGGUCCCCAUCAUCCCAAGUUAUCUGUACAGCAUUAAGCAUGAGAAGAAUGCUACGGAAAUCCAGACGGCCAGGCCAGUGCACACAGCCUCCAUCUCAGACAGCUUCCAGAGCAUCUUCUCCUAUUAUGAUAACUCGACCAUGGUCACUGGGAACGCUACCAGAGACCUGACACUUCAUCAGACCGCUGCACAGCACAUGGUGACCAACGCGUCCGCUGUUCCUUCCGACUGUCCCAGUGAAGACAAAGACCUCCUGAAUGAAAACGUGCAAGUUGGUCUGUUGUUUGCCUCGAAAGCCACCGUCCAGCUCAUCACCAACCCUUUCAUAGGACUGCUGACCAACAGAAUUGGCUAUCCAAUUCCCAUAUUUGCGGGAUUCUGCAUCAUGUUUGUCUCAACAAUUAUGUUUGCCUUCUCCAGCAGCUAUGCCUUCCUGCUGAUUGCCAGGUCGCUGCAGGGCAUCGGCUCGUCCUGCUCCUCUGUGGCUGGGAUGGGCAUGCUUGCCAGCGUCUACACAGAUGAUGAAGAGAGAGGCAACGUCAUGGGAAUCGCCUUGGGAGGCCUGGCCAUGGGGGUCUUAGUGGGCCCCCCCUUCGGGAGUGUGCUGUAUGAGUUUGUGGGGAAGACGGCUCCAUUCCUGGUGCUGGCCGCCCUGGUGCUCUUGGAUGGAGCUAUUCAGCUCUUUGUGCUCCAGCCGUCCCGGGUGCAGCCAGAGAGUCAAAAGGGGACACCCCUAACCACACUGCUGAAGGACCCAUACAUCCUCAUUGCUGCAGGCUCCAUCUGCUUUGCAAACAUGGGCAUUGCCAUGCUGGAGCCGGCCCUGCCCAUCUGGAUGAUGGAGACCAUGUGUUCCAGAAAGUGGCAGCUGGGCGUUGCUUUCUUGCCAGCUAGUAUCUCUUAUCUCAUUGGAACCAAUAUUUUUGGGAUACUUGCACACAAAAUGGGGAGGUGGCUUUGUGCUCUUCUGGGAAUGAUAAUUGUUGGAGUCAGCAUUUUAUGUAUUCCAUUUGCAAAAAACAUUUAUGGACUCAUAGCUCCGAACUUUGGAGUUGGUUUUGCAAUUGGAAUGGUGGAUUCAUCAAUGAUGCCCAUCAUGGGCUACCUCGUAGACCUGCGGCACGUGUCCGUCUAUGGGAGUGUGUACGCCAUUGCAGAUGUGGCAUUUUGUAUGGGGUAUGCUAUAGGUCCUUCUGCUGGUGGUGCUAUUGCAAAGGCAAUUGGAUUUCCAUGGCUCAUGACAAUUAUUGGGAUAAUUGAUAUUCUUUUUGCCCCUCUCUGCUUUUUUCUUCGAAGUCCACCUGCCAAAGAAGAAAAAAUGGCUAUUCUCAUGGAUCACAACUGCCCUAUUAAAACAAAAAUGUACACUCAGAAUAAUAUCCAGUCAUAUCCGAUAGGUGAUGAUGAAGAAUCUGAAAGUGACUGAGAUGAGACCCUCAAAAAUCAUCAAAGUGUUUAAUUGUAUAAAACAGUGUUUCCAGUGACACGACUCAUCCAGAACUGUCUUAGUCAUACCAUCCAUCCCUGGUGAAAGAGUAAAACCAAAGGUUAUUAUUUCUUUUCCAUGGUUAUGGUCGAUUGCCAACAGCCUUAUAAAGAAAAAGAAGCUUUUCUAGGGGUUUGUAUAAAUAGUGUUGAAACUUUAUUUUAUGUAUUUAAUUUUAUUAAAUAUCAUACAAUAUAUUUUGAUGAAAUAGGUAUUGUGUAAAUCUAUAAAUAUUUGAAUCCAAACCAAAUAUAAUUUUUUAACUUACAUUAACAAACAUUUGGGCAAAAAUCAUAUUGGUAAUGAGUGUUUAAAAUUAAAGCACACAUUAUCUCUGAGACUCUUCCAACAAAGAGAAACUAGAAUGAAGUCUGAAAAACAGAAUCAAGUAAGACAGCAUGUUAUAUAGUGACACUGAAUGUUAUUUAACUUGUAGUUACUAUCAAUAUAUUUAUGCGUUAAAGAGCUAGUUCUCUCAAGUGUAGAGGACAAGAACUUGUGUCAGUCAUCUUUUGAAUCCAUAAAUCUUAGCUGGCGUUAGUUUUCUAUGUAAUCAACUACCUAGAGAGAGUUGUAAAUUAUAUGUUAACAUGUUAUUUGGUUGGCAGCAAACACUAAAGCCAGUAAGGGAAAAACAGUAAAUGUUCUGAAAGCAGAGAAAAGCAACCAAACAUAUUGUUAUGAACUAAAAGCUUUCCCUUUAAGAUGCAUACUUGUCUUACUGGGUGAAGAAAAUUGAGGGUACAUGUACCUUAUACUGUCAAGGUUGUUUAAACAUGAUAAGGUUAAUCGCCAUCUACUUCAAGUUUUAGAAAAGGAAACAAGAGGCUAAAAACAGCUGCUCUGACUUCAAUAUCUGAACAUAUCUUUGAUCUGUUUGCAGAUCAUCCAAGUGUUUUUUAGGAAUAUAUUUAUUUUAGGUUGUCUGAAACGACUAUUUUUUAGACUCCUGAAAGUUGUUCACAUCAAUGUGAAGACAAAUUUUAAAUGAAAAUGAGGAGUGAAAUUAUGUCUUGAAUCAUAUGUUAAUAAGUAAAAAUAAUAGUGAUCAGGCAGAAAAGAAAAAUGGAACAUCUAAAAAUGUAUGUGCUAACUAUAUCAUCCAGUGUGCAGUGUCGUGUAUUUUUCUAAGCAUGACAACAUUGAUGUGCCUUUUCAGUGUAACAGCAAAUACUGUUAGUGAACAUUGUCAAUUUAUGUCAUUUUGUUAAGAGAUAUGACUGGAGUGUGCAGUGUGGAAUGUCUCUAAUAAUACUUGUGAAUCCUGCAGUUCUAUAAACAAAAAUUACUUAGUUUUGUUAAGCUAAGAUUGUGUUUGUGUUAACUUCGACAUCAAGGAGCAAAGAACUUUAGAACAAAGACUCCUCUAUCUUGUGACUUUCUUAUUCUCUAGGAAAGUAACACUUCGUUUCAUGAAGCUUUUCUGUGGGGCUUCGAUUAUUUCAAGUCUGGUUUCUAAGUGCAGUGUGUUUGAAGCAAACAAACUUCCAACUCACUUAUUUGGCAUUGGGCAACUUGGCCAAGUCUGCUACUUUGGAAGAUGGCUCUGGAGGAAACUCUCAUAUGGCUAAAAAGGCAGGCUAGUUUCUUACUUCUACAGGGGUAGAGCCUUAAAAAAGAAUGUGCUACAAAUUGGUUCUCUUUGAGGGUUUCUGGUUCUCCCUGGCCCCAAUACCAUAUACUUUAUUGCAAUUUUAUUUUUGCCUUUAUGGCUCUGUGUCUUUCUGCAAGAAGGCCUGGCAAAGGUAUGCCUGCUGUUGGUCCCUCGGGAUAAGAUAAAAUAUAAAUAAAACCUUCAGAACUGUUUUGGGAGCAAAAGAUAGGUUGUACUUGGGGAAAAAAAUUAUGUUCUUUUAUGACUAAUAUUCUUGGUUAGCAAGACUGAAAAGAGGUGUUUUUCUAAAAUGUACGUACCAGAACAAAGAACAUACAGCUCUCUGAACAUUUAUUUUUUGAAUAGAGGUGGUUUUUAUGUUUGUACCUGGUAAUACAGAUACAAAAACUUUAAUGAGGUAGCAAUGAAUAUUCAACUGUUUGACUGCUAAGUGCAUCUGUUCAUAUUUUAGCAAGUUUACUUAAUAAAUCUUCCGAACCAUGUUUUGUGCCUGUUUGUAUUCCUUUAUAAACCAAAUGUUGUUGGAAUAAAAUACAUAAGGUAUCAUUUUGACUGUGGAUAUUUAAUUAAAAACUAUUUUUCUGUGCUUGUAGGCAUCAGGUAAAAGCCACCCCAGUUUAGCUUGACCAUACUUUUUUGGCUUUCCACAAUUUAUUUUAAAUUGAGAUAUGUAACUAGCCACAUUCAAUGUGGAAAAAAACCAGUAAGUUAUCCUUCCAUCUAUCAACAUUGUUGUCCUGAUGGUUGUCAACAAAUAACCAUCUGAUGAAAACAGCUGUAAUAUCCACCCAUUUGACUUAACCCCGGGGGAGUUCGUAAAACCCUUGAAAUCUGAUACAUUUUGAAUGGUGUGCCCAUGGGUAUCUUCCUGUGGUGAAAGUCCACAUCUUUAAUCAGAUCCUAAAAGGGGAUCUAUGGCCCAAAAGGAAUUAGGGGAACCUCUCCUUCUUUUUUUUUGGUAAGAAAAGCAAUUAUGUCAGUUUAGAAGACAGUAUUUUUAAAAGUAGGUAUUUAAAAUUUAUUCACUUUUAGGGGACUUAACAUUUUACUAUUUAUCUUAUUAGUAAGAGCCAAAUAUUUCCAAAUUGCUUUAAAAAAAUUCAGCUAUAUAUUUAGAACUUGAUAGUACCCCUCAAAAUUUUUAGGUUGUGUUUUCUCCUCCCAGCAUCACAAAAUAGCCACUUAUUUCAAGUACUUCUGAUAUUGAAUAUAAGGCUUGAUAUGAAGAAAUAUAGCCUAUUAUGAUUGCUAAUAAUGCUAAAAUGUUGCUCAGUUUGUCUAAACCAUUCAUUCAGCUAAUACUAAUGUAGAAAAUAUAUUUUAAAGUCUAAUUACUAAUACAUAGCCAAGAAAACCCAUAAACUUGAUAAUACAUAAGGAAACCAUAGUAAAAAAAUGUUUUGAGGCAGUCUGCAAAACAGCAAUUUUGUUUAGGAAAAGUGGACUUUGUUAUGCUUUUCUGCAUGGCCAAAUUAUACCAGAAGAUAAUUCCAUAGAGAUGCAGCAAUCACCUUUUUAAAAGAUGUCAUUAAAUGAAGAUAUUCUUGUUUUCUGUGGUAGUCUUUAUUAUUAUUUUUUAGCUAUUGAUACAUAGCAUGGCAGCAAGAUUUCAUCAGUAAUGUAAUAUAAUACAGCUUUUUUCAUUGAAGCUUUAUACCUUACUAUACUCUAGGCUAUUUGGAGUGUUCCCCCAUUUGCACUAAAGUACAACUAUGAUGUCUCUACUGCCUCCCCCAGUGAAAUAUAAAAAUAUUGCACUACAUUACAGAUAUAGUUUACAAAUGUCAUUAGCAGCAUUACUGAGCUUCCUAUAAUUGUGGUCUACAGAGUUAAAUACUUUUAAAACAUGAGUAGAUUCUUAUAAAACCAAAGUUCUGCAUUAUUUCAACAGCUCUUUCAAAUGCAUCAGUUUCAGCAACAUGCUUGGGUAUCAUGAAAACUUCCAUGGUUUAACCAAUAAACACCAGCUACUUACAAGUAGUCCACCUUCCAGGUUAUCAAUGGUAAGUUAUUUUUCAUAAAAUCAAUUGUGGUUACACACUGAGCAGAUUGCCUCAAGUGUAAGUUAUGGAACAAUACUUUAGCUUUCAGGAAUUUGGUGUGUAAAUUCUUCUAUAGCAGUGUUCUUUUAAAAUAAGAUCACGCAGCCAGGCGCGGUGGCUCACGCCUGUAAUCCCAGCACUUUGGGAGGCCGAGGUGGGUGGAUCACGAGGUCAGGAGAUCGAGACCAUCCUGGCUAACAUGGUGAAACCCCAUCUCUACUAAAAAUACAAAAAAUUAGCCGUGCCUGUAGUCCCAGCUACUUGGGAGGCUAAGGCAGGAGAAUGGGGUGAACCUGGGAGGCGGAGCUUGCAGUGAGCCGAGAUCACACCACUGCACUCCAGCCUGGGAGACAGCGAGACUCUGUCUCAAAAAAAAGAAAAAAAAAGAGAUCACGCUUAAAUAAGUAAUGAAGUAUACUGAGAUGUUUUUGUUUUGGCUAAGAAAGGUAUUUAGUACCUGAAAUUUUCGCUUACUAAAGUAACAAAAGGCAUGAGACUUGGCUAUUGAUUUUUAAAGUGGAAUAACUUUUCUGCCCUCAAAAAUGUCUUUCUCACUCACAUAAAUAAUGCCUUUUACUUGUAUAUCUUUUUACUGUUCAAAGCACUUUUGCAGUUAUGCUAUUGUUUCCCUCACAACAAUACUGUGAGGGAGGUAAAGUAUUAUUAUUCCCAUUUUAGAGAUGGGUCCUCUUGUAACUGCCUAUGCUUACACAGUUCAUUAAUGGAAACGCUUGAACUUAAACUUUUAUGGAGUCCUGGACUCUAGACCUGGGCCCCAAUCCUUAAUAUUACACCAUGCUUUUUCCUGCCAGCAAUAAAAGCUG